AUGAUCUAUGGCAGAAAAGAUAUUGAAGAAAAAUUAAUACCAAUUCUUAAGGAACAAGAUUGGCUUCUCAAUGUUACAAUAGAUGGUGAUUUGGAUUCAAAUAAAAUACUUAAACCUGUCUAUACAUCAAAACCAAAUGAUUACUCUGUAUUGUAUCAAACAAGACAAGCACUUGUAAUUCUACAUAAUAAUAAAGGAAUCUGUGAAAUGAAUGUUUGUAUUAAAUUAAUGUCUUGUAAUGGUGAUGAUAAUAAUUCCAGAUCAAUUAAUGUAAUAGUGUUGGUAUUGGUAAAAGCAGAAAAUUUGUAUCUAGAGAAGUUUGAAGAAGGAAAAUUGCCUUCUGAUUUUCAAAAGAAAGGCGAUGAAAACAUGGUUCAAAAUGAUGAUAUUAAUUGUUCAGUUUGGCCUCGUUUUCCUGUGAGUUCAAAAUAG